GCAUAAAUUAAUUGAUACAAAACAUAGCAAUUACUACGUUCACUUCCGAUAGCUAAAUGAAUCCUAAUUACCCUGAUUUGAGUGCAUGGAAUUUAUCAGGAUCACAAGAUACCUUUCCUAAUCAAGGUUCAAAUUAUCCAAAUGGAAAUUCAAGAUAUCCAAUAGGAGGACCAGGUUACCCGAUUGGAGAAUCAGGGUUCUCAGAAGGAAGACAAGGAUUACCAAUAAGUGGAGUAGAAUUUUCAGUAGGGGGACAGGGUCCCGUAGAUGGAAGGACAGGAUUUAUGGGAGGAGGUCCAGGGUUCACGGGGGGAAGUUCAGAUUAUACAUCAGGAUAUUAUCCAAGUUCUGGAGGAUUUCCAUCUAAUCCAAGUGGAUUUAGAUAUUCACCACAAGGAGAGAAUUGUUUAGGAAAUAAUCCAUAUCCUGUUGCACAGUCGUCAGGUUAUGUUCCAGGAGCCCCUCGUUUAGGACCACAACCAUCAUUUCCAAUGAAUAACGAUUAUAAUAAUGGUAGCAAUUCACGAACAGAUCAGAAUAUCUGCCAAUCCAAUUCCAAUAAUGAGAUUUUUGAACCAACAGUCAAAGAUGCAGCAAAUUUUAAUCCAGAAGAAGAUUGUGAACGUUUACGAAAAGCAAUGGCUGGUUUAGGAACAAAUGAAAAAGAAUUAAUAGAAGUAAUGGGUCAUAGAAGCCCUAAACAACGUGCUAUAAUAACAAAAAAAUAUAAGGCAAUAUUUGGAAAAGAAUUAACUUCUAAGUUUGAUUCUGAACUAAGUGGAAAAUUUCAUCAGUGUAUGGUAGCAUUGUGUCGAACUCCAUCGGAAUUGGAUGCAAUAGAACUACGUAAAGCAAUGCGUGGUGCUGGUACAGAUGAAGAAGUUUUGAUUGAAAUUUUAUGCACUCGAACAAAUGAACAGAUAAGGGAGAUAUGUGAAGCAUAUACAAAAAUUUACAAGGGUCGUUCCCUCGAGAGAGAUUUAAAAGAUGAAACAUCUGGAUAUUUCAAACGUGUCUUAGUAGCAUUAGUACAAGGAGAUAGAGAUGAAAAUCAAAAUGUUGAUGAAUGUCGAGCACGUAAAGAUGCAGAAGAAUUGUAUCAAGCUGGAGAGCAAAGAUGGGGAACAGAUGAAUCAAAAUUUAUUCAAAUCCUCGGUCAUCGAUCCUAUGCUCACUUACGUUUAGUUUUUCAACAUUAUUCAUCACUUGGUAGAAGAGAUAUUGAAAGUGCUUUAAAAUCGGAAAUGAGUGGAGAUUUACUUCGAGCUAUGCUUACUGUUGUGAGAUGUGUUAUGAACAAACAGAAAUAUUUCGCUGAAAAAUUAAAAACUUCCAUGAAAGGUGCUGGAACAUCUGAUUCAACAUUGAUACGUAUAGUUGUCGGACGUUCUGGUAUUGAUAUGGCUCGUAUAAAAAAAGAAUUUCUUACUUUAACAGGAAAAACUCUUGAGUCAUGGAUAGCUGAUGAUACCAGUGGAGAUUACCGACGUAUAUUAUUAACACUUGUUGGUGAAUGAAAGGAAGAAGAAAGAGAAGAAGAAGAAGAAAAUGACAAAAGAAAAUCAAACAAAAUUCAAUCCCAUUUAAGAAUAUCAUUUCAAAAAACAAAACAUAAACAUCCUAGCAACAUAUCAUCAUCUUAAAUGAUCACUAUUUGAUUGAGAUUUUGUUAUUUGUCAACUGUUUUCUUUAUUCAGUUUUUUGUUGUGUAUGAUUUUGAGAGAUUAUUAAUUUUCUUUUUUUUUGUUUUUAUUAUUAAUAAAAUCAACAAAAAAACACUUUCAUACUACUACUAUUAUGAGUUAGUUUUCUACGGUAUGUGGAUGCUAAUCUCAUGCCAAACCUUCCUCCUUUAUUCGGGCUCGGGAAUGGCAGUAGUCUCAGAUGGGCUCCAGACAGAAUUGCUACUAUUAUUACGAUCAUUAUUAUUAUUUAAUUAAACAUUGUGUAUUUUUUAUAUGGUAAACAAUCGGACAUUAUUUUAUUGAUUAUUUUUUUUAAUGAAUUAUUAUUAUUAUGAAACAAAUUGUUCCACUCUAUGAACAAAAAAAAUUUACCGCAAUAAAAAUCUGCUUGAUUUCAUUGGAAAUCAAGUAACCACUUUCUUUUUAAUGAUCAUCAUUGAAUGCAUUGAAAUUAUGAAGUAAUUGGAGAG